UCAGGAAACAAGGGUCUUGGAAGCAUGUCGGGGAAGCCUAGGCUUACCUACUUCAACGGAAGGGGGCGAAUGGAGCCCGUACGAUGGCUCUUGGCAGCAGCUGGUGUGGAGUUUGAAGAAUUUUUUCUGGAAACAAGUGAGCAAUAUGAAAAGUUAAUCAAAGAUGGAGUCCUGAUGUUCCAGCAAGUUCCCCUGGUUGAGAUCGAUGGGAUGAAGAUGGUGCAGACCAGAGCCAUCCUCAGCUACAUAGCAGGGAAAUACAACCUCUAUGGGAAGGACUUGAAGGAGAGAGCCCUGAUUGACAUGUAUGUGGAAGGAAUAACAGAUCUGAUGCAAAUGAUUUUGAUGUUUCCUUUCUCUCCUCCUGAGGAAAAGGAGAAAAAUCUGGCCUCAAUUAAAGAGAAGGCAACUACCAGGUACUUCCCAGUCUUUGAAAAGGUUUUGAAGCAACAUGGCCAAGAUUUUCUUGUAGGCAAUAAAUUCAGCUGGGCAGAUGUUCAACUAAUUGAAGCCAUUUUAGCAGUGGAGGAGAAAAUACCUGCUGUGCUGUUGGGAUUUCCUCAGUUGCAGGCUUUUAAAAUAAGAGUGAGCAAUGUGCCUACAAUUAAGAAGUUCCUGCAGCCUGGCAGCCCAAGGAAACCCCCACCAGAUCAACAUUACGUAGAAACUGUGUUGAAGGUUUUUAAGAGAUGA